AUGGCAUCCUCGGGCAUCAAAGUCGUCUUCGGCACCGCUUCUUUUGGCAACCGUGACCCGUGGAUUGCUGAGGACUACCUCAACAAGUCGCUCUCGAUUCUCUCAGCUCACGGCUGCAAGGUUCUUGACACCGCCCAGCUCUAUGGCGAGUCCGAGAAGCGACUUGGCGAGAUCAAGGCCGGAGAAAAGUUCAUUAUUGAUACGAAGUGGAUGGGCGGAUGGCAGCCGGGCUGGGCCACCAAGGAAAACAUUAUCAACUCGGCCAAGCAGAGCAUAGAGAAACUGGGAGUCAAGGAGGUCGACAUCUUCUAUAUCCACUGCCCUGACGCGUCCACGCCCCUCGAAGAUACUCUUGCAGGCGUCCAGGAGGUUUACAAGACCGGGGUAUUCAAGCGCUUCGGCCUGUCCAACUACUCUCCUGCCGACGUGCAGAAGGCCUACGACAUCUGCAAAGCCAACAACUAUGUCCUCCCCACCGCCUACCAGGGCAACUACUCUCCUGUGGCACGCCGACAGGAGACCGAGCUCUUCCCCACGCUGAGGAAAUUAGGCAUCGCGUUCUACGCCUAUUCGCCGCUUGCUGGUGGAUUCCUCACCAAGACCGCUCAGCAGAUCGAAGAGGGCGCGGGCCGCUUCGGCAAAGAGGCCCUUGGGGGUAUGUACCGGCAAAUGUACAUGAAGCCGUCUUACCUUGAAGCUCUUUCCAAGUGGGAGCAGAUUGCCAAUGAGGAAGGUUGUUCACGCGCGGAGCUGGCCUACCGAUGGGUUACUUACAACUGCCCUUUGAAGCCAGAACAUGGGGACGCCAUCAUUGUGGGUGCAAGCACGAACGAACAGCUCGAGCAGACGUUGACAGGGAUUGAGAAAGGACCCCUGAGCAGCAAGGCUUGUGAGGGCAUUGACAAGAUUUGGGAGUCGAUCAAACACGAGGCGCCUUUGGACAACUUCACUCGCUAA